UUGUGGACGACGACCUCGCUCGUCAAGUCGCUGUCCGACUUGGCGCAACACACUUUGUACAGCGAUCAUGCGUCUUUCCUUCGUACUUCCACUCUCGCUUCUCUCUAUUGUAUGCGCAACCCCUGUAUUUACACACCAGGAACCGCUGCUGGAUGUGGCGUUCAACGAUGGAUCCAUGCAACAAGCGCCCAUCACUAUUAUCGAUAUCCUCUCUCAGUCUCCCGAUCAUCAACUUCUUAUGAGAAUCCUUCAGCGUACGAAGCUCAUCCCUCUGCUUAACAUACUCAACAACACUGCCUUCUUUGCUCCCAACGACGAGGCCAUCCAGAAGCAGAUAAAUGGCAGCUCACUUUCGUUAUGGGAUGAGACGCUGUGGGAAACAAACCAGGGAAGUGGUGGUAGACCGGACAACAUUCAAUAUGAGCUCCGACAACACCUUCUCUAUCACCUCAUUCCUUUACCGGAAUACAACAUCUCUCAGCCACGGCCACCGCUCAAGUUUCCUUCUUCAAGACCCAAAGCGUACUUCACGAUGCAUUAUCCAGGCAAGCCUAUCCAAGGCCCUUCCCCUUCCCCUCCCCCCGGAUCACCAUGGAUGCCCGCCCCGGGCGGGACGCUGGCGAAGAUGGCGCAGAAACUACGCGUGAUCCAGAAGGAUGGGGUGAGCAUGACGAGUGUGGACUGGAAAGGGGAAGGCGGGGUAUCAUUGUCAUUAAUUGCGGAAGGGACCAAUGGCGAGGUGUGGAGCUCCAAUCAGGUUUUACCUCUUCCACCGAAUUUAGGGGUUAUCGCUGCUUCUCGCCCUUCUCUUCAAUACCUCACCAGCAAUUUACCCGAUUCACUCAUUCAAUCGUUCAGUACCACCGUAAAUUCCACUCUAUUCCUUCCAACCUCUUCGGCAUUCUCUGCACUCACUGAGCUCGAGCGAGGUUGGCUACAGUCAGGUGUUGCGGAUGAGGAUUGGGCCCUCAUUCUCGACGCACACAGGGGCCAGAAUGUCGGCCCAGGUGUUGGCUGGGUCGGCGGCUUGAAGGACGGGGAAAGCAUUUCGGGCAAGGCUGCAGACAAUAGCGACUUCAUCAUUACGCGAGAAGGGGAUCAGGUGAACGUGAAUGGCGUACCACUGGAUGAACGCGACAUAUAUGCAUCUAAUGGCGUUCUUCAUACUGUGUCCACUUUCUUGUUCCCUGUCGAACGUCUCGCUCUUACCCCGGAGAAGACCCUCGUUGCGCUCAACGCCACGGCUUUCGUGCGGAUGUUACACCGCGCCAACUUGACCCACUACAUCAAUGGGUCUGGUGCCUCUGCAGGGCAGAACUACACCAUUCUGGCGAUGCGGGACGAUGAUAUCGCACGACCCGAAGACGACCCCGACGAGGAUGAUCCCGACGCGCCUGGCAAUCAGAACCGAACCCUUGCGAAGCGCGCAGCCUAUCAUAUCCUGAGUGGCAAGCUGCGUAGGGAUGACCUGAAGGACGGCAUGCUGGUCAGGACCGAGCUGAGAGAGGAAGGCCUGAGCGGUAACAGACAACGAUUGAAAGUUAGUCUACCAGGUGUUGGAUUGACCUGGGGCGAUGCGAGGGUGAUCGGGGAGCCCAUUGAGACAUCCAAUGUGCUUAUUUACUUCAUCUCGCAUCUGCUCGAACCGCCACCCUCUUCACUCCAGCUCGCAACUUCGCGACCUCAUCUAUCGACGUUCACAACGUCCCUCUAUUCGACCAAGUCGGACGAAACCCUGGCACGCACUGCAUCGACGACUCUCCUUGCACCAGUGAAUGAUGCAUGGGAGAAUACUGGCCUUGUCGGGGACUGGCUCCUCAGUGGCACAAAGCCUGCGCGUGAUGACUUGCUCAAGACUGUUCACGGGCACAUCUUGGCCGACGUCCUCUACACCACCGAUAUCAAGUCCGAGAAACCCCAUCAGACGUUGGAGGGUGGCCUUGUCGGAGUGGGCAGGCUCGGAAAGGGGAACUCGAUUGGAGUCCGGGUCCCAGAUUCGAACGAAGAAGAGGGACGGAUGAUCUUACGAGAAGACAGCCAGAACGUGGGCCGGGACGGGUUGAGCAGGACCGGUGUCGUUCACGAAAUCGACACGCUGCUAGUGCCGAAGAGUGUGGAUGUGACGCUUGGGAAGAUGGCGAAGGGUGCGAGGGCGGAGGUCAUGAUUCGACUCAUGGCGAAAGCUGGGUUCAGUUGGGCAUUGGAUGGUGUCUCUCCGCCGCUUGAGAACACGUCUCUCCCCUUCCCAUUCCCGUCGUGGACCGAUGAUGAUGAUGAUGAUGACGAGGAACCUGCCCAGCCCCCAGACGUGCCUUACACGCUCUUGCUGCCAACCGACUCUGCCUUCUCCUCGUACAACCUUAGCGUCCUGCAAUCUUCACCGCGUGCGCUCCGAAGGCUUGUCCAGCAGCAUCUCAUCCCCACCAUCAACCCUCCACCAUCCGUUCUCGGUGGACCUCCGAUCGCCUUGUCCGACAACGCGCAAUACCGCACACUGCUAUCCAAUUCUUUCAAAUAUGGUUCCGUAUGGUUUGAAUCCUCUGGCAAGACACCCUCAAGCCGCCGCACUCAACCAACGAAAGAAUCCGGCUGGGUCGUCCGCACCAGGGCGAACAAGCCUGCUCGUGUGCUGCGCUGGGGUCGGACUUCCGCCGCUGGGGGAGGGGUGAUCCUAAUCGACCGGGUGAUGGACCCAUACGAACUAACGUGGUGGGAACGAUUUGGUCCGCCCGUGGUGCUGGGUAGUGUCGCCGGUGUCCUGAUUCUGCUCUUUUGGGGCGGGAUCACCUUCUGGUGGCGGAGGAGCGGCAAGUCGAUCGGGUACGAAGUGCUGGAAGGAGAGGAAGACUGAUGGGGCGUUGUAUCCAGUAGACACGACUAUGGUGAUUAUGACUAGAACGCGUAUGUGGCAUAGUGUAAUUCCAUCCAUUUGUAAC